AUCUGUUGCUAGCCCCCAAGGUGGCUGCAGCUUCUUUGCGUCAGUGGCCACACACAAGAUGCACUUCUGCUCAAGACACCGCUGAAGGAUGGUCAUUAUAUGCUGACUGAGGCCUACAUGCGUCUUCAGCCUCAUCCUAUUCUGGCCACUACGUCGUACAACGUCACAAAAUACAAUAAUGCCUCUCCCCUCACCCUUCUUUUGACACAGCCUCACAGUCGACAGAAUCCGUGUCUGCUUUUCAUACUGAUCCCCCCUUUUCUGUUUUCCCCUGCUAGUAUUCGGCGUCUCAUAGCGGCGUUGUUAUUCGUCCUCCAGUCAUUAAAUACUUCCUUGUUCCUUGGUCGUGCCCAGUGAAGCAACGCAGCAGCCCGACCACUGAGCUUGGAGGAUGGACCAAGAAAUAAGAGUUACGCAAGACAGAGACUCCCCCUCCAAUAUUGAGGACAGCCCGCCAGCCGGACCCACACCAGACGAGCCAUACCCAGCCAACGCUAAACAAGCCGCCCGAGCAGAAAUCCACGACGCAGAAGUAAAGGUCUUCGAGACAAGUCGCUUCGCGGAGAAAGAGGACCUCUGGCAGUGGUUCCCGCAGCUCAAGGACGACCCCAAUUCCAAGGAAUGGCGGAUCUGGCUUUCUCGCCGGAGCCGUGCGCUGAUGGUGCAGAUCAUCGUCAUCUUGGCCAUCCUGCUUAGCAACUUCGGGCUGACCGUCUUCGCGGCGAGCCAGUUCAACACCCAGCGCGGAGUCGGGCUCAUCUACCAGGGCGACUGUGCCACCGUCGGCAAGCUCAACCUGUGGCUGCACCUGCUCAUCAACCUGCUCUCCACGGGGAUGCUGUCGGCCUCCAACUACUGCAUGCAGCUCCAGGCGGCGCCCACGCGGGCGAACGUCAACGAUGCGCACACGGCCGGCAAGUGGCUCGACAUUGGCGUCCCUAGCUUGCGCAACCUGCUCCACAUCAACGGGUGGAGGAAGGUGUCGUGGGCCUUGCUGGCUUUUAGCUCGAUUCCGAUUCAUCUAAUAUAUAAUUCCGCCGUGUUCCAGUCGUUGUCCUCGUUCGACUACACCGUUGCUGUGGUCAAGGACUCGUUUCUUGACGGAGCUGAUUUUAGCCUUUCAACGGCCGAGAUCAACAGGGGCGCCGAUCCGGGAUGGAAUGAAAGUAGAGUUAACCCGCCGGACGACUACGCCAAGAUCAUCUCGGACAUGCGACGAGACGCUCUGUCGAUGCCGUAUCUCAAAAAGACCGUUUCCGAGUGCUUCGAUUUGUACGACGACUACUUCGCGCCCCAGGGCAACGUCCUGAUCUUUGUCAAGAACCAAACCGUCCAGACGCCCCCCGAAGAUAGCCUGCUGAUGUAUGUCUCCAUCAUCCCGCGAUCGGACGGAUGGGGCAAGAACAUGUGGGCUCUGGGCAACGGCACGGGCUCCUUUGUGGCCCUCUCCCCUCCAAAACCCGUCACGAAAUGGUUCCUGGGCCCACCGCACUACGAAGUGAGCCGCUGCCUCGUCCAGCCGCCGGCCCUCCUAGCGACACAGUGCCGGUUCGAGUACUCGCCCUGGAUCAUGUGGGUCGUGUGCUCGCUCAACCUCAUCAAAGCCCUGGUGAUGCUGUUCAUCUGGGCGUUUCGCAGGUGGCAGGCCAAGGCCCUGGGGGAUGAGAAGAAGGAAGUGCUGUACACGCUCGGAGACGCCAUCUCGUCCUUCAUGCGGGUCCCGGACGAAAGGACCCAGAACAUGUGUCUGGCCACCAAGCAUGACUUCACCACAAAACGCACCUGGCGCAAUCGGCUGGUCAAGGAGCCGGUAUCGACCUCCCAGGAGCCAAGAGAGUUCAAAAUCGAGUCGAAACGGUGGAUGGCUGCUGCGAGUUUGAGACGGUGGAUAGUUCUUAUUUCCAUGUUCCUGGCCGUGAUAGGCGUCUCGGCAGGCCUGCUCUUCCAAUCCUUCCCCAGCCUCCGCCGCCGCAAUGUCAAGACGACCCUCUCCCAGUUCUGGAAAAUGGGGUUCGGGAAGCUGCAGCCGUACGCGUACCUGGUCAUCGGCCUGCCCAGGGCCGACCCGGAGGGCUUCCUGGCGAACGUGGUCGUGUCCAACCUGCCUCAGCUGAUCCUGUCGAUACUUUACAUUUUCUACAACUCCAUGCUCAGCACCUUCCUCGUCCAGCGCGAGUUCAGCCGCAUGUGCGACCCCCGAAAGAGAAAGCCCCUGCGCGUCUCGGAGCCGAUCGGGCUCCAGCGCUCCAGCUACUUCAUCUCCUUGCCGCUGCGCUAUGGCAUCCCGCUGUACCUGUCCUCCGGCCUUAUGCACUGGCUCAUCUCCCAGAGUCUGUUCCUCGCCCGCAUCACGGCCCUGCGUCCGAGCGGUGCUGCUGAUCCCAAAAACUCCUUCUCUACGUGUGGUUAUAGCCCCAUUGCAAUAUUUAUCACAUUACUCGUGGGACUCGUCCUAGUACUAGCCAUCGUCCUCAUUGGCUUUCGCACCUACGACGGUACCAUGCGGAUGGUCUCGACCAACAGCCGAGCUAUCGGCGCUGCUUGCCACUCUCCCGAGAAGGAUCGAGAAAACGGGUACAUGCUGCCCGUCCGCUGGGGUUGCGUGGAAAUGACGGCAGACGGCGUUGGGAAGUGCGCCUUCACCACUGCGCCCGAUGAGGAGAUACAGGAGCCAGUUCCAAAGAAGAAGUACCGAUGAGUCGAGACAAACUCUUCCCCGUGGUGAUGCGGGAAAUAGACCUAGAUUUCUCAGUUGACCAGCUGAUGAACAGUUACGUGGCUUUGUUGCAUGAUCUCCAGAUGUUUUGGCCUGAUUACAGGUUUUCCAGAAUUCGACCGUACGUGGUGUUGUCAUCGCGAAGAUAAUUAAUCCAAUGGCCAUUUGUUUCAUCUUGGUUGCAUGUGCACUAGCCGAUGCUUAAGUAUUUGGUGACUUCAGCGUCAACGCCUCAGACACUAGUCCCGAGGGCGUCUCGCGUUUCUGUCAGACAACUCCCCACCAAGUAUUACAAUUACAAGCCUGGCCAACUUGAAGAUUCCUGCACGGUU